AGCAGCAAGGACAGCCCCAGAGCGUCGCAGGGAAGUGAAUCGGACAGAACCUCGGACGAACCCGCGACUGGAGCGGGCAGUCAAAACAUAAAUGUAAUGCGACAUGUAAGCUAUUGCUGCAUAAUUCUUUUCUCCAAAACAGCAAACAGCUGCAGGCAACUCUGCUAAACGGAUGUAUUAAAUAGGGCGAGCUCCAUCAACGCGUCAGGAGGGGAAAAGAAUGGGGGGAUUUAACCAAAUGAACAGCAGAUCUUAAAAACGACGAAUCAGCCUUCAAACAGCUCUCAUGAUAAUAACGUACGCCAGCAGCGACUGUGGUCGAUGACUCCGCACAUUCCGCCGCAGUGCAUGUUAAUUUAGUCGCAUUACAGGGGAGAGUCAUCUUUCCAUGUAGCCCAGUAGGACGGUGGUCAGCCGAGCAUCGGGUGAAUCCAGCACUUCGAGCCCACUCACAGUGGAGAGAGGCGCGAGCCGGGUCCACGGUGCGUUUUACCCGUCAGCACAAUGCGUCUAUUUCUGCUGGCGGUUUUCUUCUCGUGCUCCUGCGCUCGAGGAGGCUGCGAGCCAAAGAUGGUGAACAUCGGUGCAGUCCUGAGCCAGAAGCGGUACGAGCAGGUGUUCAAGGACGCCGUCGCACAAGCCAACCAGAUGUAUGGAAGAGACAAAUUUAAGUUAAACGCCAUCUCUGUCACCCACAAACCCAACGCUAUCCAGAUGGCACUUUCCGUGUGUGAGGACCUCAUCUCGAGCCAGGUAUACGCCAUCCUGGUGAGCCAUCCACCCCAGUCCAACGACCACCUCACCCCCACUCCUGUGUCCUACACCGCUGGAUUCUACCGGAUCCCUGUGGUGGGGCUAACCACACGCAUGUCCAUCUACUCCGACAAGAGCAUCCACCUGUCCUUCCUGCGCACAGUGCCGCCGUACUCCCACCAGGCGCACGUGUGGUUCGACAUGAUGCGCGAGUUCCGCUGGAACCACAUCAUCCUCAUCGUCAGCGACGACCACGAGGGCCGGGCCGCCCAGAAGAGGCUGGAGACCCUGCUGGAAGAGAGGGAGACCAAGAAUAAAAAAAGGAACUAUGAAAACCUCGACCAACUGUCCUAUGACAACAAGCGAGGACCCAAGGCAGAGAAAGUUCUGCAGUUCAGCCAAGACACAAACCUUACCGCCCUGCUUCUGGAGGCUAAGGAGCUGGAGGCGCGGGUCAUCAUCCUGUCCGCCAGUGAAGAGGACGCGGCGGCGGUCUACAAGGCUGCUCGCUACCUGAACAUGACGGGCUCCGGUUACGUCUGGCUGGUGGGAGAGAGGGAGAUGUCGGGUAAAGCUCUCAGUGAGGCUCCAGACGGUCUCAUUGGCCUACAGCUCAUCAACGGGAAGAACGAGUCGGCCCACAUCAACGACGCCGUGGCCGUGGUGGCACAGUCCAUCCAGGAGCUCCUGGAGAAGGAGAACAUCACCGAGCCGCCCCGGGGCUGCGUGGGCAACACCAACAUCUGGAAGACCGGGCCUCUGUUCAAGCGAGUGCUUAUGUCAUCGAAGUACCCAGAAGGCCUAACGGGACGUGUGGAGUUCAACGACGACGGAGACAGGAAGUUUGCGCACUACAGCAUUCUCAACUACCAGAAAAGCCGACUGAUUCAAGUGGGCAUAUACAAUGGCACGCAAGUUGUGCUGAACAAUCAGAGGAAGAUCAUUUGGCCCGGAGGAGAGACUGAAAAACCAAGAGGAUUCCAGAUGUCAACAAGACUGAAGAUAGUGACCAUUCAUCAGGAACCCUUUGUGUAUGUAAAACCUACCAUGCAGGACGGCACCUGCAUGGAAGAGAUGACGCUUAAUGGAGUCUUAAUUAAAAAGGUGAUCUGCACUGGCCCCAAUGAGACCGUCCCAGGUAACAACACAGGACGCCCAAUUGUCCCGCAAUGCUGUUAUGGCUUCUGCAUCGACCUUCUAAUUAAGCUGGCGAUGACCAUGAACUUCACCUACGAGGUGCACCUAGUCGGCGACGGGAAGUUCGGUACGCAGGAGCGGGUAAAUAACAGCAAUAAGAAGGAGUGGAAUGGCAUGAUGGGAGAGCUGCUGGGCGGCCUGGCGGAUAUGAUCGUUGCCCCGCUCACCAUUAACAACGAGCGGGCACAGUACAUCGAGUUCUCCAAGCCCUUUAAAUAUCAGGGGCUCACCAUCCUCGUCAAAAAGGAAAUCCCGCGCAGCACGCUGGACUCGUUCAUGCAGCCGUUUCAGAGCACGCUGUGGCUGUUGGUGGGUCUGUCGGUGCACGUGGUGGCUGUGAUGCUGUACCUACUAGACCGAUUCAGCCCAUUUGGGAGGUUCAAAGUAAACAGUGAAGAAGAAGAAGAAGACGCCCUCACCCUUUCCUCUGCCAUGUGGUUCUCCUGGGGAGUGCUGUUGAACUCUGGGAUUGGAGAAGGCGCACCGCGCAGCUUCUCAGCGAGGAUCCUGGGAAUGGUGUGGGCAGGGUUUGCCAUGAUCAUAGUGGCCUCCUACACUGCCAACCUGGCAGCUUUCCUAGUGCUGGACCGGCCUGAGGAACGCAUCACUGGCAUCAAUGACCCUCGGCUACGCAACCCGUCCGACAAAUUCAUCUACGCCACGGUGAAGCAGAGCUCUGUGGACAUCUACUUCCGGCGGCAGGUGGAGCUGAGCACCAUGUACCGCCACAUGGAGAAACACAACUACGAGAGCGCCGCUGAGGCCAUCCAGGCCGUGCGCGACAACAAGCUGCAUGCUUUCAUCUGGGACUCUGCGGUGCUGGAGUUUGAAGCUUCGCAGAAGUGCGACCUGGUGACCACGGGAGAGCUGUUUUUCCGUUCGGGGUUUGGCAUAGGCAUGCGCAAGGACAGCCCGUGGAAACAGAACGUGUCCCUGGCCAUUCUCAGUUCCCAUGAGAAUGGCUUCAUGGAGGACCUGGACAAAACCUGGGUGAGAUACCAGGAGUGUGACUCCAGGAGCAAUGCCCCGGCCACACUCACCUUUGAGAACAUGGCAGGUGUGUUUAUGCUGGUCGCCGGAGGCAUUGCGGCAGGAAUCUUCCUCAUCUUCAUCGAGAUUGCCUACAAACGGCACAAAGACGCCCGCAGGAAGCAGAUGCAGCUGGCCUUUGCGGCCGUCAAUGUCUGGAGGAAGAAUCUGCAGCCUUCUUCCUCUCUAGAGAAACAGGAUGAUAGGAAAGGUGGUAGAGCAGAUCCUGACCCCAAAAAGAAAACCUCUUUUAGGUCCAUCAGUACCUCCCUGGCCUCCAGCAUCAAGAGACGUAGGUCCUCCAAAGACACGCAGUAUCCACCAACUGACAUCACGGGCCAGCUGAACCUGUCUGAUCCGUCCGUCAGUACGGUGGUGUGAAAGCCAGAGACAGAGAGAGAGAGAAGGAGCUGUUCGGACCAGAGAGAGAGAACGAAAGAGAGAGAGAGAGAGAGAGAGAGCGAGAGAGAGAGACAAAGGGGGGCGAGGAACAGAGGGGGCUGGAAGACGCUCCAGUUUGACGCUGAACCAGGGUCAUGGAUCCACGUCUCCUGAACCCCCCCCCCCCAAUCCAUCAGGGACGACACGUGGGACACUUCACAAAAUGCUAAGAAAAUGGAACCUCAACGAAGCGGUGCCGAUGUCACGGGACCUCAGGCAACAUUCCGUCCACAACCCAAAUAGACGUCCAAUCAGAAGUCGAACUUCAGAGAACAUUGUGCCAACACCCUGGACUCAACGUCAAAUCAGAACCCAGCUGCACAGAUGCAAUGCACCAUCCUGUUCCUCCGUCCCCUUCCUGUUGAUGCUUGAUAGCACAAUGUGAGAUAUGGUAGUGAGAGAAAUAUGAUUUAUCAAAUAUCACUUUUUCCUAAAUGUUUUUAGGAGUAUUUGCAAGUACAAGAAACAAAAAAAAAGAGUUGGAUGGAUUCUUAGUUGGAAGGAAUUAUGCAUAUGAUGCAACAUUAUUUCUUAAGUAUUUUUAGGCAACCUGUAAUUAUUAUUAGCGGUAUAUAGCGGUUAUUUUUAAGAUUAAUAACUGUCAUUUAGAAAGGUCACCACACUGAAAUAAGUUAGAUAUGUCAUUUGUUAAAUUAGGGCAAGCUUUUAGUGUUGAGUGUGUGAGUAUAUGGUACGAGUAUGUCUUCAAUUUAACCACUGCGGUAAAAGUUGUAGCAUGCACAAACGUAACUACACUGGUGCGAAUCGAAGUUUAGUGCAUUCAUUCUUUGUUCAAGCUGUCGUUUUCACACUUGAAUUGCAGUUAGCUCGAUGCUCAUGGAACUCUACAAUACUUCUAUUUCCUCUUUAUUCGCUGUACUUUCCUUCCUGUUCGUCCAGUGCAGUCAUAGGAUCUCUGCUACAGGAUUGUCUCUCUUAGUGGAUUGUAUGUUAGUUAUUUAGAUUGGGAAUGUUUUUAAGUAUUUAAUCCGCAUGCACGGUCAUCUUUUCAAGGAGCUUCCCCCCCUGCAGAACCAGGGUAAUUCUCUCUCCAAAAGGGGGGGGAACUCAAGAAAAGGAACCAGUACUGUAGUUUUGGCUACUUUAUUGUGUUUCUUGGUGUAUGCCCUCUUUGAGAAUUGAUAUUUUGUUGGACAUGCUCAGCAUGGCCUUCAAGAAACUGGGCAUGUUACUUCAACAGACUCCAGAUAGUUCUUUGCGAUGGGAGAGUGAGGUUUCGUGAAACCCAUGGGUAAGGCUACUGUGUGCUGUCAAUCACUGAUCCAUCUCAGCCAUCUCAGCCAAUCAACUGCUCCCCAUCAACGCUAUGAACCACUCCUUUAAUCAUCAGGUCAUUGACAGCACUCAAUAGCCCCACCCCCUCAGGUGUUCACAAAGCCCCGCCCUCUUAUCACAAGGUCGCCUCGUUCAGUGGACUGCGUGUUUGUACUUAGUGUCCGGUACGACUUACAAUAUUGUGAUUUUGUAAUAGAGUCUGUUUAGUUUUAAAAUUCUGGUGCACCUCAGCGGUCUUGGCCAGUCCUCUCUCUCUGUCCAGUCAUAUUCGGUCUUUCUCAACUCCAGUUCCCACGGUGCAUCAAAGGGCCAGGUUUUUCAUCCAACCAGCACUUGAUUCUUUCAUGUAAAAAAAAAAGUUACCAUUUUUCAAAAAGCACGCACAUUGCAAAAGAACACCUUUUCUCAGGUGUUUCUCUUUUUUUUUUUUCUUUUUUUUUUUUACAUGAAAUGAACACAGGUGAUUUUCCAACUUAGUUGAUACAGAACUCCUUUUGAAGUAUCAACUUGGUUAGUUGCAAAAACAGGCCAUUUCCCAAGUUCUGGAGCUGAGAAAACUCCCUACUGCUGCAUGUUAAAAAAAAAAAAAAAAAGUAGAAAAGAAAAAAGACUACCUGAUGCACAUCGUCCACGACAGAGGACGAUUACACCUUAGAGUAGACACACUGAGCAGCACUUUAACGUCAGAACUUUGCUAUGUGACUCUUAGUGUAUGUGAAAUAAUGAAUGUGAAAAUGUGUGACUAAACAGGUCUUCCUGAACCUGAAUGCAUUUCAGUUUUUUUGUUUUUUAUUUUGCUUUAUAAAAUAUCUAUAAAGCACUAGCUCUAUAAACUGUUUUAUAAAGUGGUUAGAUCUUGUUAAUUUGUCAAAAAAAAUGUGUGCAGUGAGAUAUAUGUGUGUGUGUGUGUGUCACUGCACUGGAGUUUGGUUUUGGUUGUCACUCAUUUGUGUUUCUUUAUUGAACUCCAACCUUCAGAUGCAGAAAUCUGCUUUAGUAACAUUAAAAAAUAUUCACAAUAUGGUAUCUACUUCAGACCUGAGUAAUUGGUUAUUUUCUGUUCCUACUUAAUAAUAUGCAUGUGUAUUGAUUUUCACUUGUAUCAUAAUGGAUUGCUUGACUUACACUGAUUUAUUAUGCAUAAUACAUAUUGUGCACAUAUUGAGGAAAUGUUUUAAAUGCAGUGUAAAUAUAAACUGAUUGGUGUUAACGGGUUUAAGGAUAUAUUGAGAUAUUUACACUGACUUGCAAAAAAGAAGAUUGUUUUUGGCAACUUUUUUGGGGGGAGGGGAACACAUGCUCAUUAAUUUGUGUAUUUAUUCAUUUCUUAUUCAUUGUUAACUAUUUAAGAGCCAUGUACAUUUCAUUCAGAUAUGAGAAUGCAAGUCUUUCCCAUGAAAAAAAUAUUGUAUAUAAAUGCAAGUGUAAAUAAAAUUAAUUUAUAUGUGCCAAUAAAACUGGCAUUUGCCAAUGCAUCA